CGAGCAGUAGACAAGACACCCGAACACCAUGGCGGAUCGACGGAAAUCUUUGGAUUUACAAAAAGGCUCAAAGAUUUCCGUCACGGUUGUAGAAGCCUUAGUUGAUGUAAUAGUAGUCUCUCUGGACUUCAACUCCAAAGUUUACCAAGGCGCUCUGCUGGAUAUUACCAACAGAUCUAUUAAGCCGUUCUGUACGUCGCCGUUCUCAAAAGCCGACGAAUCCGCUGUUGAGGAUGAACCAAUGUUUGCUCUCAAAAUGCGGCACACAUACGUCGCUUCGUCGCGUGAGAACGAAGCCCCAUCCAACGGAGGAUUGAAGAGCGGAGCUGGCGUCAAAGACAAAAGAGCUCGGAAAGUGGAUCAACACGUCCGAAUGCGAAAGCUGAGGCCCCGAAAAACUCUAUGUUCAAAUUGCCAAAAUAAAUGUGAGGAUAUGACGUCAACGAGUCGUGCCUCCGCCAAAAAAAAUACGGCUCCCCUAGUCUCAGUGAUCAGAGGUAAUGAGCAAAGGAAAUUCGACCAACCCACAGCCAGUGGCAGCGAGCCUGCGCUCGCGACUCCCUCACAGAUGUCGCCUUCGCCGUGGACGGAAGAGACUCCGCAGACGGAUGUUUAUGCAUCUGUCGCCGAGAACGCGCUCAUCAAAGAAGAGCUUCCAAGUAGUGCACAAAUGCCUGAACCCGAGAAGGAGCAUGCGGCGCUUCGGAAAAGGAAGGUCAUGGACGAUAAUGGGAAGGCGACGAAACACGACUCGAGUCUGCUGCCAGCCAUAAGUCCGAUAAUCAAAAUCUCAUUCAAUAACCCGCAAGGGAAAGGGACCGUUGUGAAAAUACCAGCUAAAGUUGCCGUCGCGAACUAUGAAGAGACUACAUCAGAUGAAGGAGAUCGAGAAGGAAACCAAGAUGAUCAGCCAAAAGCGAUGAAGAGGAGGAGGAGAGAGGUUUCAGCCGUUCCCGGGAACUCCGAAACUAACAAGCACCACAAACGCAAAACAGCUAAGCAUAAGAAAAAACGCCAUAAAAACCCAUCGCAGGACAGUUGUGAUAGCGACGGGGAAGAGCCAAUGCCGAUUUUCCCCAAGGCCGCUGUGGACGUCCAGGGUGGAGUGACCCAGAGAACUACCAGGAGUUCCGAUGAAACGAUGAAAACAGGAGACGUCGUGUGGGGAAAGGUCAUGGGCUUCCCUUGGUGGCCUGGCAAGAUCCUGUCUCUGGGUUGCGAAGCUUCAUCCAACGAGCUGCAGUCAGGUGAAGCUCAUGUCUCUUGGUUCGGUUCAUCUACCUCCUCGAGAAUUCUCACCUCUCAUCUGACACCGUUCCUCCGAGAUUUCAAACUGCGGUAUAAUCGACGGAAGAGGGGUCCCUACAAAGAUGCCAUACGACAAGCACAGCAGGAGGCAAAAGCGCGGAAAAUGAGCCUCUGAUUCCGAGUCCGACAAAGCUAGUCCUUCGUUGGCUAUGUAUGUUUGUGAGCGUCCGAUGGCGGACUUCGCGGCGAGUAUUCGUUGCCGAUGAGUGCCAGUUCCUUCGGAGUGGUUGUCGGAGAACAAGUAUUUCCUAAGUCUUGAUUUUUAGGGAGGAAUCGUUAAGCGAAAGCUAUCGGUCCAGUUUUCUAAGAGGUAUCGAGCCGUCCCAGAUCGCUCUAGGUAAUGGACGGGUCUUCGAGUGUGAAUAAGUCGAGGCUCUGUGCGCUUUCGCUGCGGAGGAUAGAGAUCGCAGGAAGGAGUAAGUCGACAAAAUACCUAAGUGACAAAUAACGACUGAAACGGAGACGGACAGACACACUGAUAGACAAACAAACAAACAAACCAGCCAGCUAUUGUUUUAGGUUAUUCGUGAUUCGUUUUCAUCUUAACCUGUUGUUAUAUGGGCGAAGUUGGCCUGCCGAGAUUCCGUUGGCGCGGCAAGACGGUCUCGGUGCAGUGAUGGCUGUCUUCGUUCAGCCAAAAUGACGGUGACCGUGAAUCCUAGCUCGAUGAGAUGAGCUGAAGAUGAAACAGAAGAGAGUACUGAUCUCAGCAACCCAUGGGAUAGGAGAGAAUAAUUGAUACAACGCUCUGUGAUAAAUAGUCGGCUCUCGAAUAUCACGC